AUGUCAGAAAUUGAAAUGGCAGCGAAGAGUCGUCGGCAACAGAAUAGUCUCGCGUGCGAGGAAUGCCGCUCACGGAAGCUCAAGUGUGAUAUGAGCGAACCCCAGUGUGGAUCCUGUUGUAAUCUCGGCCUUACGUGCAUCGCCAAUCCAUUGCGACGGCCAAGAGGACCACGCAAAGGACACGUGAAGAUCCUGAAAUCCCGAAUCGGGACAGCGACCCUUGAGCGGCAAUUAUACGGCAACGUCGAGGUCCACCCCGGCUCCCCUCCAGAGAUUGGAGACAAUCUGACAUGCGAUUCCUUGGAAGUGGAUAGGGUUGUGGGAGCAAAUAUCGGGGAUGCAGCCAUCGACCAUGUCGGAGUGACCUUACACGGUGGGUCAGAUUGCAUGGAGCGUCUGAUGAGCGCACAACCGACGGAAUUUCCUGAGUGGGCUGAAGCUAUGCCCUUGUAUUUCGAAAGCGAAUCGAACCGGAAACAAGAAACCAUUUCCAAUCUUAUGCUCCUGGCACCUUCAUCGCCUUUAGCAAUGACCCAGAGGCCCACAUUGAAGCCAGCCCUGGAUGCUAGUGUUGUCCUUUCAGACCUAGACUCUAGAAUUGUGUCAUUUACGCCUCCCGUUCCCGUCCAAAUAACACAACUAGAGUGUGCAGAUCUGGAUGACAUGUUCUUCGAUAGAGCUUACCUAUUCGCCCCGAUAAUCAAUCGGCAGCGCUACUUUGCCAGAGCCCCCGGAGAUUUGGGGGAGAGCAAAGCGUUUUACUGUCUACAAAACGCCAUGCGCUUGCUUGCAGGAUCUCUGGGAAGCCAGUUCAAGCCCAUGCUUCCCAUAUUGUACACACACACCAGUGCAAUAUUGGACUCUUGGCUUCAGGACGUAUUGGACGAACCCAUUCCAAUAGAGAUAAUUCAGGCACAGCUGCUGCUAGCCUUGUAUGAGAUUCUGAAGGACAAUCCGCAAAAAGGAUGGACUAGUGCAGGAAAGUGUUUUCUCUUGAUCCGUCGAGAAAAGUUGCAUCAGAUAGACAACCCCAGCAUUAGUCGGUCAUGUCGAAUAUCGUGGGUGGAAGAUGAAGAGAGGCGACGCACUUUCUGGACAGCGUACGCGCUCGAGCGGUAUGCCAACCUAGUGCACGGGCAACCUCUUGCAUUGGAUGAUCAACUGAUACUCACACGAUUACCCGCCAUCGAGACCGCAUUUCUACGAAAGGAAGGAAUCAUGACCGAAUUCCUACCCUCGGCGAUGUCUCAAAAUAGUAACCAGCCGCUCUCUGCAUUUGCGAGAUCAAUGGUCGUAGUAACCAUUCUUGCACGAUGCCUGGCGCAUCAAAACCAGUGCAAUGUCGAACGCAUCACGGAUCCUACAUCAAAGGAAUAUCUGGCACGGCACCGAGCGUUGGACAAGGCAUUAACUCGGGAGAUUGAAGGGACAUCAUGCCACGACUCGACUGAUCUCGAGCUUCGUAAUUCUACCAACUUGUUUAUCGAGAUGAUCACAGAGGCCGCUGUCAUAGUGCUAUUUAAUGCCCUUGGUCGCGUCUCUGAACGCCCUGGAGACCUGUAUCGGGCAUAUGAGAAACGAGCCUGCAAGGCAGCAGAAGGUAUCCGUAAUCAGGCACAAAGCUUGAACCAACUGGGCUUUUUCAAAAUCCACCCGUUCACUCCAAUUGCACUGUUCAUCUGCGGCGGCUUCACUCGGUUGGGCGAGGCGUUGAAUCCACAAGCCGACGAGCACUUAAAGGAGAUUUUAUGCUCGCUGCAGUACUUAGCAACUGCGAACAACCUUGCAGGGAUACUGCAUCUCGAGCUUAAGCACAAACCGAGGAAGGAGAUCGAUAAUGAGGGGGUAGUAGGGUUUUGGUAA